AUGGCAGCCGCAUCUUGCGCCAUCGCGCACUCCGCCUCGCGCCUCAUUUCCCCCUCUCCCGCCACCACCCUGCGCUCCUCCUUCCUCUCCUCCCCCGCGACCGCUCUCCCCAUCCAGAUACCCCGCUCUCCCCCCUGCACUUCCGCUCCGCUUGCGCCGAUCCCCGCCGUGCGCGCAUACGCAGAGCCGCCUAAACAGGGCGCGAUCGGGAACUUUUUCGCGAGAUUAACGGGCGCGCUGCCGGUGGUGGGGCUCGUGUCGCGCAUCGCGAGCGACGAGGGCGGCGUCGGCACGGACCGCAUUCACUACGCGGAGUUCUGCCGGCGCGUUGAGAAGCGCUUGCCGCAGGGCGCGUGGAUGGCGGUUCGCGAGUUCGAGGCCCGCUUCGGCAAGAUGGCGCGGCCAGGGCUGGUGUUCAUGUGGUGCUGGAUCGCAGCGGUGGGGCCGGGGUACGUGCGGCGGGAGGCCAUUCUGUUGGGCGCACGGCGCCUGCGCGCGUCCCAGGAUGCGGACUACGAGCUGGGGGUGUUUGACCAGCAGCUUGACGACCCCUCCAAGGUGAAGACAGCGCCGGUGGCAGCAGCAGCAGUGCCAGUCGAGGCCAGGGCAGAGGUGGCUCUAGACGCCAUACUCGACUGCUGCGUGGGGCCGCCAUCUCAGCGCCAGAUGGACGACGAUGAUUGGCAGCUGCUGCUCACAAUCCUCGCUGGCGUGUUCCCGUCUGCUGAUCCGACUGCGCUGGAGAAUGCUGUGAAUGCACGCAGGGAGGCCAGCUUGCCUGGUGAGGGGGCAGUGGAGGAGUCGUCUGCCUGA